AUGCAUGCCGGAACUAGUCUGGAGGACUUAGAGUUGCAUUUAGUGUAUCCUACUACCGCAUUCAAUGUGCAGGACUUGAAUAUAGGUCAAUGCACUGCACUUCGCGACCUCACUUUUCGGGUGGCGCAAAGCAUCUCUUUGGCAGAGAUCCUGCGCAUGAUUUCCCCCAAUUGCCGCCUCCACAAACUUGACAUAUUGAUGGUGCCAGGAGAAGUGGAUUGCGAGUGGGAGAGCGCGGCCUGUCUCCUGGACGAGCAGCAGUUUCUCACACUGCGGGAGUUCAGGCUGGACGUUUCAGGUGACGAAGUUGCCGAGGAAGAGAAGCGGCGCAUUUCGGAUCGUUUCGACGCCUUGCAUCGGCGAGGCGUUGAUGUUAAGCUGCACCUCAACCCCUGGGACUGGGAGCAGUAUUCUGAUGAUUCAUCCACAACUUGA